AUGUGGAAAGUAGCUCGAGGCAUCUCGAAGAGAGCAAGCACGACGCCGUUAUUCUCCGACACCGGGAUCUCCGUGCGGGCAUCGAUGCUGUCCCGUUCGCCUGACAACCACCAUCGUAGUAUUCCCACACCCCGCACGGAGGAGAUGCUUGCUCUACAGCGAGCUGGCCAGCGAAUCCUUCAAACUCUCGAGGACAGAAAAGGCUCAGCCGCAAAGUGGAGUCCCAAGAGCUGGAAAACUCCGCUGGAGCAGGGCGAGGACAUGCUACAGGAGCAGCUGGCACUGGAUGAACGAGAGCGCAUCGUGAGACUCGUGAAAUCCAAGUCGAAUCCGUCGGAUCCUUUCAGGGGACACAUCGCGCAGAACAUCAAGCAGCGAUUGGAGAUGGCCAACAAUGACUCGACCGAGGGGCUCGCCAUCAAUCAGCGUUGUCUGAAUAUUCGCAAGCAGCUGGCUGGCAUGGUGAAUGCGCGGAAGGAGCUGGCAUCGCUGCGAGCAAAGGCCCAUCUCCUGAUGGAGGAGCCCCUUCUUCCCAGGUUGAUUUUGGACUCCUAUGGUCUUUACUCGGAGCUGACUGACUGA